UAGGUGAUAAAACUUUCAGUUGCGUUCCCAACGACAGAGCUAGUCUGCAAGUGGUGGAUAGCCCCCCUAGUGGUGCGCCAUCAAAGCAAGGUGGGGGCGCCAACAGUGUACUCACUCCCCCCCCCCUCCUUUACAACAGUACACGUGCUAGAAGAGCUUAUCAAGAAAGUUACUGCUUUAUGUCGGAGGUAGGAAAAAAAAACCAACAACCCAGGAUUAUUAUCUACAACACUUUCAACAGAGAAAGAGAGCUUUGAUGAUGUGUGUUUUUGAUUAAAGAAGGAUCAUCAGUGUGAUAUUGGUUGUUGUCGACAGUGUAUUGUGCUUAUUUAUUGUCAAUCUUAAUAUUUAAUCGGAUUAUAGUGUCAGUUUUGUCAAGCAGAUUAAUAAGUUUAGAUGUACCAGCUACAAACCAACGAUCGGCCAUCCACAAUAACAUAUAUGAGGAUGUCAUGUGGCCAGCACGACGACCAAUCACCUUUACUUUUCCCAAACUAAUGUCAGGUUGGGGAAACAGAAGCAGAUGACCUUUACAUCAUCUGCCCUAUUGACCACAAAGUCUGAAAGACUAAUGGAGAACACCAGUGUCCUGUUUCCGUGCCACUUUAAAACAAAUAGAAGUCUAAAGUAAGAUCUACUUUACCACAGGAACAGAUUGGUUGAUUCUACAACAGCUUUGCCCAUGCUAUGGAAGGGUACCGGGGUGGUUUGAGCAGAAUACCUCUGCUGCUCUCGAAGGAUACUCCGAAUCACGUGGUCAAAUCCGAGGCCGAGUUUCAGGCAGCCAUGGACAGCCUUGGCCGGCCAGGCGAACACAUGAGCGCCUACCAUCACAGCAACAGCCUCCGCAUGGGCGCUGCUCACGGAAGUGGGGUCAUGUCCAGCACUAACCAGACAGCCCUCAGCAGACUAAGCCCUUGUAGUGAUAGCAGCUCUCUUGCAGAGUUCCCCCGAUCCUGUUCCUCUGAAGACAGUUGCGGUGACACAAGCAGAGCCGAACACUUCAUGGAACACAGAUCUCGCAAGCGGCCUUACAAACAAGACUCAUCCCCUAGCAGCGAGGCAGCUCGUAAAGCCAGACGGAAAAGCCCGCAAUCUCCCGAGGAGCUUCAGGCACAGCGCUGCUUGGCCAACGUCCGAGAACGCCAAAGGACUGAGUCUCUGAACGAGGCGUUCUCUCAGCUGAGGAAGAUCAUCCCAACCCUGCCCUCAGACAAGCUGAGCAAAAUCCAAACGCUGAAGCUCGCCUGCAGAUAUAUUGACUUCCUGUUCCAGAUCCUCAGAAGUGAUGACACCGAGAUGAAGUACUUUCCCUCCAGCUGUAGUUACAUGGCACAUGAAAGACUUAGUUAUGCCUUCAGCGUGUGGCGCAUGGAGGGGGCUUGGCAUAUGACCGGUCACUGAAGACCAUUCGUUGUAGUGCCAGAUUUUCAGCAAUUGGUAUGACAAGGACCUUUUUUUUCUGAAAGGAUACGAUUAUAAAAAGUGUAUUCAGGUUUUGUUUUUUCUUGCUAACAUAAUCUUUUUGACUUUCAUUUAUCGUGUUAGCUUGCAAUGGGACGUAGCUUGUUUAAAAACAUUUGAAACUGUGUUCCUAUAUGUGUGGCCUUAUAAUCUAUAAGACAUGUAUCACAGUUGAAAGAAUAAAAAUAAUAAACUAAAAAACAGCAAUAUUUCAAAAAUAUAAGUAGAUAAACUUUAUGAGGAAUCAUAUGCUUCGCAUUGUUCUCAGACCGAUGGAAAAGAUCAUUGACCGAUCUACUGAGUGUAUACUAUUAACAGUAUAUUCGUCACUAUAUUCAUUACUAGAAGGAAGAUGACUACACUAGUAUGUAAUCAAGAAGUGAAGAAAGAUGCUUUGUUUUUGUUUAAACUGUGUACUGUGUCAUGUAUAGCCAGAAUUGUUUUAACAGAUAUUGCCUUGCUUUAAUUGCUACUUUCGUUUAAUUUUAAUUUUUUGGUAAAAUCUGGCCACAUUACCGGCUCCAUAUCGAGCCAUACUACCGGCCUCAGAUCGAGCCAUUAUUCGACGGAUGUUUGCAAAAGUAAGAAUCUGAAUGCGAAACGCAUUUGUGGAACUUUUUCACUCAGCAUUCAUUAUUGUGCCCCCGUUGUAUUUGCGAAUUUAUUAUUUUAUUUGUAUCAUUGUGUGAAUCUAAACUGAAGAUGUAUAUUUCUGUCUCGUUUCACUCUCUCACAAUGUAGAUACAGUUGGAAAUAUAUUUCUAUAAUCACUCUGUUACAAUGGCUGCAUUCAAGAUGAAUUAAAAUUAUUAUUUACAAAA